AAAUGUUUCAUGUUUGUACCUCUAGAGGCGGAGGCGGAGCCGGCCAGGCAGCCCGGCGAGCGGCCAUCGAAGCGCCGCUGUUUCUGGGAGUACAGACGCGCACGAGAGUCGGCCACGAAGAAGAAGCUGGGCGGAGACGUCCACUGGUCCCUGUCCUGGAGCUCCAGCACUUUACCCAGCACACUGUACCGCAGAGAAGGUAAAAAAGGCCGUCGCAAAGCUCGCAAGACGGACGCCAGCGACCUGACACCAAACCCCCAGAAGCUCCACAACAUCGGGGAGCAGCUGCAGAAGCUCAACGCCGCCAUCGAUGGCAUGGGUCCGGUCAACGACCUCCCUGCCAUGGCCCGGGCGAGGUCGCGCAAGGAGAAGAACAAGCUGGCCUCCAGGGCCUGCCGGCUGAAGAAGAAGGCCCAGCAUGAAGCCAACAAGAUCAAGCUGUGGGGGCUCAACCAGGAGUAUGGUCAGUACCUCAGACGUGCACAGGCCGCCUUCUUGUUUCGAUGA